GUCGCUCGUUUUCCGUCGCCGCGCCGGGAGAUGACGUAGCUCCCCGACCUCCCACGUCCAAGAUGGCCGCUGUGGGCAAGGAAAGACGUCGCUAAGGGGCUUCCUUCAGGCUACGAGACCCGGCGCUCUCAGAGAACCUCUGCAAAGGAGCAGGCCUACUCCAAUAAAUGAAGGAGAACAAAGAAAACGCAAGCCCUUCGGUGACCUCGGCGAACCUGGACCACACAAAGCCAUGCUGGUACUGGGAUAAGAAAGACCUGGCUCACACGCCCUCGCAGCUGGAGGGGCUCGACCCGGCCACCGAGGCCCGCUACCGCCGGGAGGGCGCGCGCUUCAUCUUCGACGUGGGCACGCGCCUGGGGCUGCACUAUGAUACCCUGGCUACCGGAAUAAUUUAUUUUCAUCGCUUCUAUAUGUUUCAUUCCUUCAAGCAGUUCCCACGAUACGUCACAGGAGCUUGUUGUCUCUUUCUGGCUGGGAAGGUGGAAGAAACACCCAAAAAAUGUAAAGAUAUCAUCAAAACAGCGCGUAGUUUAUUAAAUGAUGUGCAGUUUGGCCAGUUUGGAGAUGACCCAAAGGAAGAAGUAAUGGUUCUGGAGAGAAUCCUACUGCAGACCAUCAAGUUUGACUUACAGGUGGAACACCCCUACCAGUUCCUGCUCAAGUAUGCAAAACAGCUCAAAGGUGAUAAAAAUAAAAUCCAAAAGUUGGUUCAGAUGGCAUGGACAUUUGUAAAUGACAGCCUCUGCACGACGCUGUCGCUGCAGUGGGAGCCCGAGAUCAUAGCGGUGGCGGUGAUGUAUCUUGCGGGACGUUUGUGCAAGUUCGAGAUACAAGAGUGGACCUCCAAGCCCAUGUACCGGAGGUGGUGGGAGCAGUUCGUCCAAGAUGUCCCUGUGGAUGUUCUGGAAGACAUCUGCCACCAAAUCCUGGAUCUUUACUCGCAAGGGAAACAACAGAUGCCUCAUCACACGCCCCAUCAGCUGCCGCAGCCCCCUUCACUCCCAUCCACACCGCAAGUGCCCCAGUGCCGCCACCCCCCAUCGGCUCAAGGCUCCGAACCGCCGCAGCCCCCGCAGAAGGAGCCGCAGCCGGCAGCCCAGCCACCGCCACCGCCGCAGCCAGCCCAGCCGCCCAAGAAGCCGUCCCCGCAGCCAAGCCCGCCCCGCCAGGCCAAACGAUCCACGGUGGUUUCUCCCAAAGAAGAGAACAAAGCAGCAGAUCCGCCACCGCCUAAAAUCCCCAAAAUCGAGACCACUCACCCUCCACUGCCUCCAGCCCACCCACCGCCAGACCGGAAGCCUCCCCUCUCGGCUGCCUUAGGCGAGGCCGAGCCGCCUGGCCCUGUGGACGCCGGUGAGCUCCCCAAAGUCCAGAUUCCUCCUCUGGCCCACCCGGCCCCUGUGCACCAGCCGCCGCCGCUGCCACACCGGCCGCCGCCACCGCCGCCCUCCAGCUACAUCACCGGGAUGUCCACCACCAGCUCCUACAUGUCCGGAGAGGGCUACCAGAGCCUGCAGUCCAUGAUGAAGACCGAGGGCCCCUCCUACGGCACCCUGCCCCCCGCCUACGGCCCCCCGGCGCACCUGCCCUACCACCCUCACGUCUACCCCCCCAACCCACCCCCGCCGCCGGUGCCCCCUCCGCCGACCUCCUUCCCCCCGCCCGCCAUCCCUCCCCCCACUCCCGGCUACCCUCCACCCCCACCCACCUACAACCCCAACUUCCCACCUCCACCCCCACGCCUGCCCCCCACACAUGCUGUCCCACCUCACCCUCCUCCAGGCCUGGGCCUGCCCCCGGCCAGCUACCCACCUCCAUCUGUCCCCCCUGGAGGGCAGCCCCCCGUGCCCCCACCCAUCCCCCCACCUGGCAUGCCCCCCGUUGGGGGACUGGGGCGCGCAGCCUGGAUGAGAUAACCUGACGCCUUCCCCCACUCUUUUUUUUUAAACAAGUUUUUCUAAUCAACUUGAAGGGUAGUAGAAGCAAGCAGCAGGGUACCUUGUGUAAUGCUAGACAGGUGCAGCAGAAGACGCGGGUGGUCCUCCCCACCUGGGACAGGGAUUGGGACAGUGGCUGCCAGCGUAGCCCAGGCAGCACCCAGAGCCGCCGGCCGCGUGCUGGUGCCCACCGAGGCCGGAGUCCUGCCCUGGGUGACUACACUAGUGAAAAUGCAACCGGCCAUAUUGGCUCAAGAAAUAGCGUCCGUAAGGAGUGAAUUUCCUUCUAGAAAUCAGUGCCUACCUUUCCUGGAUACUCCAUUUUAAAUAGUCCCGUUCCACCUGAAGUCGCGCUGUCGUCGCUGUCAUUCUGUGUGGUUCUCUCCCGUGACCCUUGGGCGGCCAGAGGACCACUUUUCUGAUCCAGAGAUACAUAUUUGUAUGAAAGUUAUUUCGAGGGGUUGCCUGGUGGGAUGGCUUUUUUUUUGUCCUCCGGGAAGGCGAGGGAAGUGCUUGGGAAGUAACAUAUGUUUACAUCGAUCUGCAAAUUCCUGUACAUAGAGAUAUAUUUUUUAAGUGUGAAUGGCCUACUCUGAAUCCCAUCUUGGUUACAAACCAGACUCCUUCAGGCAGUUACCCAAAUAAAAGCAGUUCUGAAA